AUGCCUACAAUGUCACCUUUUAAGAAAACUUUCCAAACUUUACCAACUGCUUUCUUGCCAUUGACCUCAGAACCAAGUAAGCCAUUUGUUAUUGAAAACGUUUCUCCAACAUCAUCUCCUACCUUGGUGCCUAUGGCUGUUUCUUCACUGGUUGAUUCUAAGGGUAGAUCUAUGUCUAUUGUUGAAUUGAAGUAA